CCGUUAUAACUCUGUAACGUCACGAUGCACAAGCUUACCCAAAAUGCGCCUUAUGCAUUUUUAAAGCAAAUAACAUUGUGAUUGUACACCUGGGGACAUUCGACGUGGAGAAGCACAAAACCUAUUACCUAUAAUAUGUAUUUUUUCCCUUUGGCAAACCUAAAAUCAUAGUCGUGUACUUUUCCUUACUUAUAAUAUGCUACGUAUUUGUGCGAUGAAUAAUUUCGAAUUGGUCGAAGAUCACCAGGUUCAUGCUUGGGCGACGAACUCUCUAGAAUUCUUGAGCAUUACUCGAUAUUGCAUGGCGAGUAGUGAUUUCUGCGUCGUGCUGAACUACUAGUAACAAUAGGGUAACUUUUCGACAAUUGCUGACAUUAAGGAUGUCAUUAGGAUGAGGCUUACUGUCAACCACGCUGAGUAUGGUUGCCCCUGCUAAUCGAAAGUUAACGUAAAAGAUUUUCCGACUCCAAAUAUAUUUUAACUGCGUGCUUAUUGGAGAUCGCAUCGUCGGAAAAAUUUGCCAAUUUAAAACUAAUUGUGUAUCGGUGAAAAUUUUAUCUUUACAAUAUAACGUCUUGUAUUUUUAGAUAUCUCAUAUUUAUACAGUACAAAGAUGUAAUGAAAUAUUUGUCGUCCUUUAUUUUUAUUAAAAUUUUCUCAUUCAGAAUAGUUGCAGACAUCCGUAUUACACACACUAGCCACGUAAAUACAUUAUAUGUGCGGACUCCUGAUUCGAGAUCAGUUUAAGGCUCCUGGGCUCGCCACGGCUGGAAAUCAACAUAGCUGCAGUGAGUAUCCAGGAGCCUUAAAUGCACAUCCAAAUCAAAAUUUAGAAAUGAUUUAUCUUCUGCCUAUUGCAUUUUCUUAUGCAUCUCGACCGAUUAUUCGCAAAGAGAUUCAGCAUUAUAUUCUUAUAGAUGUAACUUAUGUUCACUACUUUGUUCAGAAACUCUUGACGAUAGUCACUCUAGCAAUCUUUGCUCUUGCACUGGCGUGCUGCAACUUUUCCCUAUUUCCUUGCAUUUUUAAAGUAAAUCACUCACAAUAAAUCACCUGUCGGCGACAGGAGGUUUUCCCGUUCCGGAAGCUACCACCAAAUAGCGCCCUUGUCGAUUCUUUACCCAACGAGGUCUGCAAUCAUCAUUCGAUCGUAGUAACUUUUUUCUGCAUUCUUAAGUAUAAGAUGAAAAUACACGUUUAGCGUUUGCGAUUGGUCGGCGGCCGUUAAGGUGGGGCUAUAUCCGAUCUUUAUGUUAAUACCUUUAGCGAGUAUGUGCAGCGGUCAUACGGGAACUUCAGGAGCUUACGCUUGUUUCCUUCGGCUCUGACAACGGAGUGAACGAAAAAACGUAUUUUGAGUGCGAUGAUACCGACUAGUACUGUUGGUCGAUCAGUUGAAAUCGGCCUGCGUCUUACUGGCAUAUGGCCAAAUUCCUCGAUUUUCUUCAAACUGCUUUGGACGUUGAUGAUGGGAACAGGGCUGACCUUCCAGUAUCGUUAUUUUCUGAAGCACUUUAACGCUGAGGAGCUACCGAAUCUAAUAGACAGUUUAAGUACCAUUUUGCCACACAGUCUUCUUUUCUUUAAGCUGAUUGUCUUGUGGUUCAAUAAUCGAAUAUUCAACGAUAUCCUGACGGCAAUGUCCAACGAUUGGCACGAAUAUUCCGACAUUUCCAACAUGUACAUGAUCGACAAGGCGGUUCUCGCACAUCGCUGCUCGAAAUUGACCAUCGGUGUUUACUUUAUGGCGGUGGCGCUUUACAGCAUUGCGUCCAUCAACUUUCACAACACUGACAGUUGUCGAGAGUUACUUAUAAAAAUGGAGUUACCUUUCGUAUUCUGCGAAUCGCCAAUCUACGAGAUCGUGGCGUGUGUGCAAUUUGUUGACCUAGUGGCGGUCGCCUCUGCCAUAGGUAUGCUCGACGCAUUAAUGGUUACAUUGAUGCUACACAUUGGUGGCCAAAUAGACCUUCUGCAACACAAAGUAGGAGAGAUUUGUCCCACGAAUAAUGAAUAUGAUUUACCCAUUACCAUUGUGAGGCCUUUAAUUAAUAAACACCAUAAAAUUAUCGCUUUUUCGGAGAACAUUGAAAGUCUUUUUUCUAACAUUGCGCUGAUGCAGUUUAUUUCGAAUACGAUGAUUAUAUGUUGUAUUGGAUUCCUCAUAGUAACUUCACUAGGUACAGAUGAAGGUGUCAGAAUGUUAGUGAAGACUCUGUUUUUUUAUAUCGCUAUUACUUUGGAAGCGUUUAUUUUUUGUUUUGCUGGUGAAUAUUUGAGUAAUAAGAGCAAAACGAUUGGCGACGCUGUAUAUGAAUCUGUUUGGUAUACUCUCAAGCCUCAGGAUUGCCGUGUUUUGUUAUUUGUGAUAAUGAGAUCGCAAAGACGGCUGACGAUCACUGCGGGAAAAUUUAUGGAUUUAUCAUUGGAAGGAUUCACAAACGUAAGAUUUCAAUAACGAAAUUGUGGAUUUUUAAUGAUUAUAAAUAAGUUAAUAAUAGAUAUUUAUAUUAU